AUGCCAUCGAAGAAUCCCUGUUCUGGGAAUGCUGCCGAGAGGGCGGAUCACCUGCUCAUCUUCUUAAAAGAGGUGAAGAGACUGAAGUGGUCAGAGAUCACCAAAGAGUACUUGAAGCAUGUCCCGGGUAGCAACUAUGGUCGAAUCCAGUCGCGCUAUUCAACGGUUUUGAACAAGCGGGACCGGACGCAAGAUCCUCCAAGAUUGAACCUGCCGCCGAAAUUCGCCGCAGAAGCUUCAAUCGACUGGGCCACCGUGCACUCCAGCACUCGAACGCCUCAUGUCGAUAAAUCACAAGUUAUCUCACGAGCUUUGCAGCAGACCAGGGACGAUGGCGACUCUUCUUCCAGCGGAGAUUGGGAAUCUCAGAGACAGAGAUCUCGCCGCGCUGCUCCCGUCAACUAUAGAUGGCCGAAAGGUGGUCUUGAAGAGUCAGCCGACGCGGAAAAGCCGCUUGUUAGCCACUGGACAGCCUUUGGGGUGCAUAGUCGCUCAGAGUUACCCCGCGAUGAAAUGACCGUGACCCCGAGCAGAAGCAGCAUGGUCCGCUUAAAACCAUUGGACCCGAACUUCAAACAGCAAGACGCCAAGCUGGGCGUGGCGCUGCAGAGAAACUUGCGGAAUAUCCAGCACGGCCAUUUGCCUUACUUGUCCUCGUCACAGCGUCUCGCCAUGCGCGAGAGUCCGGAGGAUUGGAUGUGGGAUCAGAGUAGCAUUAAAAGCUGGCAGGGUGCCAUUCUGCAUAUAGACUUCAGCCCUGUGGAACUGCUGACGGUGGAGACCGUUGUCGCGAUGUUCAUACCUUCAGUUCUGCAGACGCGCCACAGCACGUACCGAAGACGUCUACGAGCAAUUAUGAAAGAUAUUGCCGAGCCGAAACUUCAUAAGCUGGCUCACGAGAUUGGUCGCCACCUUCGACCACGGAAUACCCGAGGCAUCAUGUCUUUCCUUGAGGAUGCCGCUGCAGGAAAGGUAUCGGACGUACCUCAUAUACAGCGACUAGCAUCAACUACGCCGUAUCCAAGUUUGCGCAGUGCCCAGAACGUCUCGGUACCGUCCUGCGUCCUUCAACGGGAGCUUGGUCUUCAAUCAAGGGGAGGACGACAGACAGCAUCAAGGCCACUGACAUACCAACUAAGGAACCAGCUUGUAGACACUCUGGGACUCAAGUCUACCUGGACAGGAGCGUCGAGUGAUAUACACACUGUGGCUUGGACUUCUGACGGACAGUUCUUCGCUGCAGGAGCUGUAGCGGUGACUGAUACGGAUUCCAUGCAGUACAAUCGACCAAAUGUACUUCUGUACGGUGACACUACCAGCGGUAAAAUCCAUGAGCUAGGUGAGCAUUGCGUCGAUCGCCCGAAGGCCGAGGUUGGGGCCAACUCAACGCAUGCUAUGUUUGUGUCUCAAGACUCAAAGCUAUACACGACUGUGACUUCGGUGGCCUUCUCGCCUUCAGGGAGAUUCAUGUAUUCUGCUGGCUACGACCACUGUGUCUGUAUCUGGAACGUGUCGGUCGGUUCUGAACAGCCGUAUAUGAUCAGAGAGCUACAACACAAGGCACCGGUGGAUGUUCUAGCAGUAAACCCGAAAGUCGAUGGAAUUAUUGCAACUGCCACGAAAUGCACGACCGAUAGGUCAAUCAAGCUCGUCAAGUUCCAAGAAGAUGACAUAAAUGAUGAGCCAUGGCAGUACACGAAAGCAAAUUUCGCCUCUGCUAAAGCCAUGAGUCGUCCAGACCUCAAGAUGUCAGCCAAUGCGCUGAAGUUCGACCCAACUGGACAAGUGCUACUUGCCGGCUUCGGGGCCAAUAUGCGAGAGGACAGUGGCCUGGACACAUCAGGCGAUAUAUGCUUGUGGGAUGUAGAGGCGGAGACCGCUCUGCAGGUAUAUGGUUCUAGUCGCAAUGUCUUCGAUGUAACAUUCAACGCCAUACCGAGACAUCGAGGCCUUUUCGCAGUAGGAUGCGUGGCCAACGGCAAAGUCAACAGAGGCACCCGCUCAGUCGUUCGAUUCUACACUCCCAAUGAGGACUACAGGUUCGUGUGCCCGCUUGAACUCGAGUGUCAAGCGUUUGAUAUGAACGACAUCGUCUGGUGCCCUUACGAUGAGCACCUAUUCGCUGCUGGAUGUACGGAUGGUCGGUCCUACCUUUGGGACCUUCGCCGGGGCGACAGGCCACUCUCCAUUCUCAGCCAUGGCAGCUCUCUGAUGCCCUUGCAAGACGGUAUACCUCAUGAAAGGACGGAUACCGGAGUUCGCUUUCUUUCGUGGGGUCAGAACGCGAGACGACUUUACUCGGGAUCAUCUGAUGGUGUAGUGAAGGUCUGGGACAUCAUCCAGUCUCCGGAGGACAUGUUUGUCAGGAACUUAUUUACGGCCAACUCUGGCAUCAUGGCUGGAGCUUUCACCUCUGAUUACACCAAGCUCGUUUUGGGCGAGGUCAACGGCACGGCCAACGUUCUCGAAGUCGGCAGAGAUGACAUUACUCUGAAGGACGCUGAUACGCUCACUUAUCAUCCUUAUGUCGGUGAAGACGACGAUGACACAGCGAGCGAUAUGAUCAUCGAUACGCCUUUUCAAGAGUCGAACGAUACUGCAGCUGCGGAAGCACGCAAGUGGCUCAGAACAGGCCAGCUACGACUGGCACCCAUGGGAGGUUUUCCCAAGCAGCAAGUCGUCCAGGGCCCCAGCUAUGAAGGACCUUUCGAUCGAAGCGAAGACGCCUACACCCAGUCUUUGCACAAGGACGCCUUGCAAUUCCAGCGGACCAUGGCGAUACCGAAAGGGCCACAAUGCGACCUGCCCGGCUGCGCUGACAAUAUCAACACAACGACUUACGAAGAUAUUGGUGACUCAGGUCGGAGUGCUGAUCGUAUACCUGACGAGCUUCGACGCCAGUGGCUCGACGAAUCCCGCCACGUCGUCCCGGGCAAAGCGAAAUGCACAUACUGCACUCGCCCGGCUAUUCCAUCUCCCAGCGGAGACGACGCCUUCUGCGAGCGUCAUUCGUUCGCCUGCUUCCGUUGCGGCGGCCCCAGCAACAUCACAGGCGCUACUUCAACACUUGAAUGUAGAUCUUGCGGAGGGACUUGGGACGUCGGCGCUUUGGGCUACGAGUGCAGUCAGCAGCCGGAGGCCCGCGGUGGCGGUCUCGAUGUGCCUGCUCUCAAUCGAUUUGGGAAAGAGACAGACUUGGAGAUGUUGGAGGAUGUGGACACAUCAUUUGGUGACAAGGUGAAUGCUCUGACGGACUUCUACUUUGGGCUGGCUAUUGAUCGGCCGGAGAGUCCGUCGCUGUAG